UGUGGCUGAAUGAUUUGGAGCCGCUCAAAAGUUGGAAUGGAAGUUUUUCUCUAUUCUUCCUAUUGAAGUCAUUUCAUUUAAAAAGUUGGGCAUUGUAAUGAGUGGAGCUAAGGUCCCGGCGGACAUUUCAGGACACAUGUUGGACCUUGAUGAGGAGGAAGACCUGGAGGUGUUCAGUAAGAACACGUCCCUGGCGGAGGGCAACCCCAUGCCCAACUCUCCUGACUCCAUGGUCAACCAGUUCCGACUGGAUGAAGAGAAUGAAGAGGAGCAGCAAGGUGCCAUUAAUAAAGACAUCUUUGUUACCGUUGACAACCCAGAGAGCCACAUUUCUGCUAUCGAGACCUUCAUUACAUACAGAGUUGUAACCAGGACCACCCGCAGCGAGUUCGACUCCAGCGAGUAUGAAGUACGGCGACGCUACCAGGACUUCCUGUGGCUCAAAAGCAGAUUGGAGGAGAACUACCCAACUCUGAUCGUCCAUCCUCUCCCAGAGAAGUUUGUGAUGAAGAGCAUGGUGGAGCGCUUCAAUGACGACUUCAUAGAGACCAGGAGGAAAGCGCUACACCGCUUCCUCAACCGGAUCACCGAGCACCCCAUCCUGUCCUGCAGCCACCACUUCAAAGUCUUCCUCACUGAUGAGGAGCUGGCCCCUCACAGGAAACUAGGUCCAGGCUUUCUGAGCAGGAUGAGCGAGACCAUGAGAGCCAUGGCCAACUCUGUGCGAGGGCUCAGGAGCAAGCUGGAGGAGUUUGCCAUCAUGCAGGAGUAUGUGGACGACUUUAGCAACAAUAUGUGCUCUGUGGACAAAGUCACCCACAGGAUCACAAAGGAACAUAGAGAAUACAUGGAUGAGCUGAAGCAGUAUGGUCCUACCUACUUCCAGUGGGCGGAGUCAGAGGAACUGCUGGCAGAACCACUGAAGGGUGUUGGUAGCUGUGUGGAGAAGUGCAGUAAGGAGACAGAGGAGCAGAUCCAAUACCUGUCCGAGGUCCUUGUCCCCACCCUGCACGAGUAUGUCCUCUGUGCCGACACCCUGAAGGCUGUGAUGAGACGGAGAGACAACAUCCAGGCUGAGUUCGAAGCAAAGAAUGAGGCCCUGGCCUCAAAAACAACUGACAAAGAAAUGCUGCAGGAGGAGGUGGAUGACCUGGCAGACCGAGUGGAACAGGCUAACAAUGCUUUACGAGGAGACUGGUCCCGCUGGAGAACCAGCAUGAGAGCUGACCUCAAAUCUGCUUUCAUCUCCACCGCUGCCAAGAACGUCGAUUAUUAUGAGAAGUGUCUGGCCGUUUGGGAGUCCUUCCUCCUCUCUCAGAGAGGUGAGUCAAUGGAGCAGAGAAACGGAGCGGACGCCUCCUAAAGCUGAGGACCGAACCACUGGUGGAGACAGCGGGUCAUUUACACAAGCAAACUUUUCAUGUGAAGCAUUUUCUUUCUCUUUGAACAAAUACAACUCGUCCUACUCUUCAUUCCAGUGAUGUUUCCACAGAACCAAACACUAAUUCCACACACGUAGACAGCCAGAAUUAAACACUCUACAGGCAACACUUUGCAUCUUCAUGUUGAAUCACUUUCCAUGAUGUAAUAUGAUGCUUGUGAAUGAAGUGCAGACAUUCUGACACAUUUCCUACAGCUGCUCUAUAAUGACCUGUCUCAUGUUUUCCUAGUAUGUGCAGCUAAAGCAAACCAGAGUGCUUUGUGGGAUCCCAUUUUAAUCAUUUUCACUCUGAUUAAAAUGGAGUGAAAAAGUCCAGUUGUGACAUUAAGCAUUCAUUAUUCCUAAUUAUGCAGCAUUGCAUCCUGUGUAGCAGCAGUCAUCCACGGGUCAGCUGAAUGAGGUUGUGUGCUCUGAUUGACUAAAAAUAACUGAAAAAUUUAAUUCUUGUAUAUGCAUUUGUUUUUCUAGAUCAAUACCUAAAGAGAGUGUCACACUGCAGAUUGUAAUUUUAAAGACUGGAACUUUGUGAAACAUUACUUCUAGAAUUCUCAUCAAUUAGUGUCUUCUACCACCAUGGGUUUCUAAUGUCUGCCAUAUUUUGCUGGUUGCAACUUAAAGUUUACAAGCAAGAUAACCUAUUAGUAAUGUAUUUCUAAUUAAAAAGCUUUGAUUAUGUUUUUUUUUUUUUACUGAAAAUUUUACUAUUAAAGACAAAUGAAUGAAGAAGUGCUAUUUUACCAUGAUAAUAAAGAUUGACAUCAAAA